AUGGCAGACUCAACGGACUACCACGCAAAAUCCUACCACUACCACCCAACCACCGACACAACGGACCUCACCGGCGCAAACACAUCCAUCUACAACACGCCGGCCAACGCAUACGGCACCACGGGCCUGGCAGACACGGGCUUUGGGACAGCCACGUACGGCAACACCGACAUCUCAGGCUACCGCAGCUCAAACUCAGAUACGUAUGGCGGACAUCGCACCAACACGGGAGCUGCCUACGACGACACGGCGCGCAGCUCGAGAUACGACGAGAUCAUCGAGGGGGCUGUGAACGUCUCCAACACCAAUACUACCAGGAAAACUGACCGUGACACGGGCACUGGAUACGGUCAGGGAUUGAGGAAUACGUAUGAUGUUUCGGCCGGGCGCAACGUGGAGAAGACUGACUAUGGUAGUCGCACAGACUUUAGACGAAUUAGAAUGUUAUGCGCUUGUUUAGUGCGCGGCGUCGCGUCUCCCCUGGCCGAUGCGCGCUCCAAUGAGAAGCGAAACCAACAGUGA